AAUCACGAUGGACACCGCGCGUCAACUUUCCACUCUCGCCAAUGAUGCGCUCGCCUCAGCACCUCACUCGUUUUUCUCCACGUCGAUAUCACCGACAUCUGGGUUCCAUACGGAAAGCACAGUAUUUAUUCAACACGCGCCAUCAGCCAUUCCAACGAACCAUUGCUUGUUCAUUUUGUAUAUUCUCCCCUCCGCUUUCUUCUUCGAUCCCUAUGAGCUAGAGCAGCGACGGCAAGAUGGAGAUCUGCCCCCGUUCAAAGUCUGGGGUGAGACAAAUCUUGAAUUGCCUCUUGAAGCCGUGGACCAGGAAGGCUCAGCGCUGUUACUUUCUCUUUCGCCGGACGUCCCUUCCCUCGCCUCUGUGAAAGUGCCUCUCCAUGUGAGAUACAUGCCGUCUGUGGGAAGCAACGAUGCAUCAAUGCUUGCUUUGCGCGUUCCGUGGCCAAGUGUCUUCUGGGUCCCAUAUAAAAAUAACUGCGAUGUAUCGGAUAAUAUCAAUUCCCUGAAUUUACGCAACGAAACACCAGUCAUUGCUGUCCGGCCGAGCAACAAUGAAGGAGACCUAUUCCACACUACAACAGUCCCCACAGCGAACUCUUCCUACCUUCCUAUCGUCGAGUAUGGGACGUUUUUCGGUGUGCUCUUGGCAUUCAUCUAUGUUUACAUUAGUUUGCGAGCUAUCUCACGUCGCGUUAAUGGCACAGCACGUGCGAGGAAGAGGAAAGCAGCCUGAGGCCGGGAUCUGACAUGCGGAUGGCAGGUGUAGUCUGAACCUCAACGCCAUAUAUGGGUGCAGUGGUUCCCCCUUGGCGUGCGUGGUGCAAGGAUCUGCCGAGUAGGAUGUCCCCAAGGACGCACACAUUCAAUGCUUCACGCAGUGGCUGUUGCCCCGGUCGUGUACCACCUAACUUGUUGCUCAUGAGUAGUGAUACAAUGAGAUCAUGCAACGA